AUGAUUAUCUUCCUUUGUACAUCAAGUAGCUUCAAUGAUGGUGGUGUGUACAACAGGAUUUCCCUCCCUUCUGUAUCAAGUUGGGCCAAAACUGUGGAUGAUAAACUUGUGAAACUCAAUGAGAUGUUUGUUGUGGUCAAUAAUACUUUCCAGAAAAAGGCCAAGGGAAGUUUGCCUUCUCCUGGUUUGAAUUUCACUUAUGAAGUGUUGAAUGAAACAGAGGUAGUGAAAGAGAUGGCCGCAUCUGUAUCUGAGUUACUGCAUAGACAUAUGAAAGCUCUUGAGAAAUCUGUGAAGGCUGCUGAGGCUGCUGCAGCUGCCUACAAGUGGAACAACAACUUGAUGAAAGAUGAUGUCACCUACAUGAAUUCCAAGGAGCUAGAUGAAAAGGAUGUGGAGCUCACUUACAGUGAUAAAUUUGGGAGGCGAGUCAAUUUCAACUUCUCAAGUGUCCAUAUUCCUGUUGAGAUCUAUGACGGAAAUAUUGAUAUACUGAAUGGGCUCAACUGGACAGCUGCUCUAGAAGACCAGUUUAAGAAAAACCAAGAAGAAGAUCCGGACAUCCUAUGGCAGUAUUUUGGUUCUCAGACUGGCUUCUUGAGAACAUAUCCAGCUGCUGAGUGGCGAAGAGAUGAAGUUGAUCUCUACGAUGUGCGCCGACAGUCAUGGUACACACAGGGUUCAAGUUCUCCUAAAGACAUGCUGAUUUUAAUUGACACAAGUGGAAGCACACAUGGACAGUCACUGCAGCUGAUGCAGAAUGCUGUGAAAUCCAUUCUGGCUACACUUGGAGAGAAUGAUUAUGUCAACAUUGUUGCUUUUGCUGAGGAAGCUAAUUUUGUUAGCAAGUGCUUCAACCACACAGCAUUUGUUCAAGCAAAUUUUAGAAACAAGCGGCGUCUCAUAAAGGAUAUAGACAAGCUAAUGGCAUUUGGUCAGGCAGACUUCACACAGGCUAUCCAGUUUGCUUUUGAGAAAUUCAAUGAGUUCAGCAAUAAUGGAACCAACGUUAACAAUGUGGGUGCUAACUGCAAUAAGGUGAUCAUGUUGCUAACAGACGGAGGAACCGAUACUGCAGAAGAUGUCUUUGAAAAGUACAACUGGCCCAACAAGACUGUACGAGUAUUCACAUAUGCUGUGGGUCCAACCCCUAAUCCAGUGAAAGCUCUGCGGUGGAUGGCUUGUGCAAACAGGGGCUAUUUCUCACAGAUACCUGCUAUGGGAGCCAUCAGAGCAAGAGUCCAGGACUUCAUGAGCAUCUUGGAUGGGCCGCUAGCAUUAGCCAGUGCCAAAUUUAUCCACUGGACCAGCACUCACAGAGAAGCCUACUAUGUUCAUGACUCG